UCGUCCAUUUCCGAGCGGCCUUUCCUUCUGAUGAUCACUCCUGUUGAAGUCAAUUCGACGGAAAGCAGCGCACCGACAAAAAUAGAGGCCAAAGUCUCCAUUCUCACACCUCUUUUUGAAGCAAUUUUAUCAGAUAAUCUCACACAUGGCAAGAUCUUUGUGGAUGCAGAGUCUCGGUUUCUCCUUGUGGAGGGCCUUAGACAAGCCAAUCACCAUAUAAUUGUGGAAGGGCCAUCCAAGGAGAUUCUUGCUAUACGAGAACAGAAAUCUUUUGCUGAACUAACAUUGUUACGAUGUGCCAAUGAGGUAACAUUGCUAGCCUUACGAGCUGUGCAUCGGAAGUUACACAUUGGAAUACGGGAAUCUCAAGCCAAGCAAUACAUUUUAGACGCUCUUCGUUCUGCUGGACUCCAAAAUGGGCGUGCUCUUGUACUAUUUGGAGAAGAAAACGCCGCUUUACCACAUGGAGGCGGAACCAACCGACAACUUGAAGAGGAGGACUUUGCCUUAUUCGAUAUAAUGGGCUCACUCCAUGGCUAUUAUUCUGACUUAACAAGAAUACCGCCACAAAAGCUCCACACUUGGUAUCUAGUUCAAGCAGCACAACAGGCAGCCUUCAAUGAGGCACGUGAAGGGAGAAGUGCGUCGGAGGUUGAUCAAGCAGCUCGCCAAUUAUUGAAGCUUGCGGGUUUCAUAGGAAUUGGCAUUCAGAUCCAUGAAGCGCCGUACUUACGUGGGGGAAAUGAUGUUGCAUUGGCCAAGGGGAAUGUAUUUUCAAACGAACCUGGAGUUUAUAUCGAAGGCUCGGCAA